GUCGUUUUGAAAAGAAGAGUAAGAAAACAUCAACAAAAAUAAUAUGAUCUUACCGUGUGAUUAUUGUAGUAAAAAUACUUGAAACCGUGAUGAGAGCCUAAUUCAUCCUGAAUAGAUUUGGACUGUUUCGACUGCUGUGCACACCAAGCCAGGAUUUGACAGCUUUGAGUCAUGAGCAAGAACGGUAGCUCCACGUUGGACAUCAGAGCGUAGACAGGAUCGGACUGUUGUCGGGUGCAGUUGUGUUGAACCUCCGUCUGCAAAAGGGCGACGGAGGAGCCGGAACAUUCCGCAUCGCGAGCGACCGGGCCGCCGGCGUGGAUAUUGGAGAAGAGUAGCGCCAGCGUUGCGACCGCAGACUGUUCUCCGCGAUGUCUCGGCGACGGAUGUCCUGCCCUCAAAUCACGCAGCAGCUAUGGGACGCCAUCAAAGUGAUCCGCUACCAGCGGCAAAUAAGCAACAUAGCCCGCAUCACCCGGUUCAUGUCCAGGCAGUUCAGGAUUAGCGAAGAGGAGACUCGCCGUCAGCUCAACUACUGCGUCCGCGACAAGCUGAUCCGCGUGAUCGAGAGGGUCGGCUCCAAGGGCUCCAAGAUCGGCGUGAAGCAGGAGGGCUACAAGCUCCCGCAGGGUGGGGUGGAAAAAGACAAGCACGAUUGGUACUGCUUCGAGUGCCACAGCGGCGGGGACAUUAUCUGCUGCACGACCUGCCACCGCGUGUACCACCUGUCGUGCAUCUCCAACGACGAGAUCCCGGAUGAGGACGUGAAGAAGACGUUUGUCUGUAACGUCUGCAAGGCCUGCAAGGAAGCUGAAAAAUUCAAAAUUAAAAGGUCUGAGCUGAAUCAUCUGCUGGGUUUCACUUGUGCUCGACUAAAAGAGAAAAUGCCGCCGACCAUCCUGCAGCACCACCUGCAGAGCAAGCAGUCGUACAUGUCGGACCGCUUCACCCUGCAGCCGCGCCGGGGCGACGCGUUCCGCAGCAUCGCCCCGGAGGAGGACGCGUCCUGGCGCGUGGACCACCUCAUCUUCCAGCGCAUGGACCUGCGCAAGAUGGAGGAGAAGACCAUGAGCAACAAGUACCGCCACCUGGCGGAGUUCCAGGCCGACGCCCAGACCAUCGUGCACAACGUCGUCAUCUACCACGGGGUGAACAGCUCCCUGGCGGACAUGGCCCGCGCGAUGCUGCGGGACUGCAUCUACGACCUGGGCGAGAUCCGGCAGUGCCACGACUGCUACCGCACCUCCAACGAGAAGAAGGACAGGCACUGGUUCUGCCAGCCGUGCCGGCCCCCGCACCAGCUCGUCUACGCCAAGCAGAAGAGCUUCCCCUACUGGCCCGCCAAGGUAAUCAAGAUGGAUGGUGACAACUAUGAUGUGAGGUUCUUUGGUGGGUACCACCAGAGAGCUCUUAUAGAGAAGUCGUACAUUCAGCCAAUCACAGCCAACAUCCACAGCUUACAGAUCAAGCGCACCCCUGGCUGGAAGAAAGCGAGCGAGGAACUCACGCGCCACCAAGAUCUGCUCAAGCAAGCCAAGACCGAACCCGACUCCAGUUCCGAGGACGACGUCUCUGAUUCUGAGAGUGAGGUGGAGGAAGCGAAGAAGCCGCGGCUGAGCUUCGACGCAGAGGACAGCCAGCUUGAGGAUGAAGACGAUGAUGAAGAUGAAGAAGAUGAGCAGGAAGACGACAAGGUUCUUGCCAGGGUAGAAUCGCCUUCUGUGGAGCAGACACCCGCCUUGAAGCCACUUACGGUGAACGAUGUUCAGCCAAGCCGGCCGUCUUUGCGUCGUCGAAGCGAGGCAGAGCCGUCUGUCGCUCGACCGCUGUCCCGAAACCAGCUCAGGCUUAGUGGGGCCAACAGUCCGGCUCCGGUGAAGGAACCGGAAAGUGCAAACCAGUCUCAAGAGCACAUGGUUUCGUCGACAGUCACCCCUGCGACUUCCAACUCGGUUGCCGUACAGACAUGCGACUCUUUCCUGAAGGCUGGGAGCGCAGAAAAAGAAAUGCCCAAAAACAUUGUAAAUGGUUUCAAGGAGGUUUCAGAAAAGCAGGUGCACAAGUUUGAGCUGGAGAAGAAGGUGGCUGUGAUGUCAGCCGUGAAGGCGAUCGAAGAGCAGCUGAGGAAGGAGCACUUAGCGGAGAUUCGGCAGCUCAAGGAGAAGCACAAGCAGUUGGUCUCGGAGACUAAGAAGAAGCAGUGGUGCUACAACUGCGAGAGCGAGGCGAUCUACCACUGCUGCUGGAACACGGCGUACUGCAGCCUGGAGUGCCAGCAGCACCACUGGCAGAAGGAGCACAAGAGGGUCUGCCGACGGAAGCGCUGAGGACACAUGCAUGCAGUAGCAGCCUCUUAAGAGCACUUGAAGGGAUCAAGAUCAUCAAUUUGAUGUUUUUAUUUUUGUUGACACAAGAAGAAGUCUUACCACACUCCAGCUUGCUUUGUACGUGAAGCAUGUGUGAAGAUGAACAUUCAGAAGUGGAAACAUUUUGACUCCAGAGCAAUAAAUAGGGGAAGAGAGAGCUUCAUAAAACAUCAAACUGGAUGUAGUGUAUGGUGUGUUCUCGUAGCGUGAGGAUCCGCCUACAUUAUCAGGAUUUAUUUUUUACAAAAACCAUUAAUUUGCAAUGAAAUAAUGCUGUGUGUAUUGGAAUUUUUUUUGGUGCGGUUAUGGUUAAAGCUUAUUGUUUCCUCAGUGUGUCCACAUUCUGAAAAGUUAGGGAAAGGUCGGGGAAUUAACUUGAAAUCCUCGCAAAGUCAUGGAAAAAACCCAGUGACAGUAAUUUGAGAGCAAAAUGUCAUACUCUAGUCUGCCAUCACCCAGACUUGAAGGGUUUUUUUCUUCUUUUUUUUUUCAGAUGGUGUUCGUUAUCGAGUCUCGCACAAUAUUAAAUUAUAUAUACAAGGUUCAGUUUCAAAUAAAGAAAAUGUAGGGAACUGGGUGAGGAUGGUGGAGACUGAAUUUUCUUUAUUUUGUGUAGAAAAUUGAAAGAAAAAAUAUAUGUAAUUUAUCUUUAAAAACAUAUACAUAGUAAAAUUUGAAUUUUUGGUCAGGGAAAGACGAAAUUUUAUUAAAGAUUUACGUGGACACCCUGUUCAUCAUGUUGAAGACUUAAAUACUUGACAGAACUUUUCUUAGCCCAAGAUGUUUGUGUUUCCAAACUUAAAUAUCAUGUACAUUUAUUUUAGAAUUUUGUUGCAGUGUUAUGUUAAUAGUACAUAGUAUGUAAGCAACUCUGUCUCCCCCUCUCCUUCUCUGUACUUGUGAUUGUAUCGCUAUGUUUCCUGUUGAGUUUAUGUUAGUUAUGUUCCUGCUGCAUCCUGUGUUACUAAACUGGUCGGAUGUGUCCGUAAUGAUUUCAGACCAUCCCGCUACGUAGUUCAAAUGGUUUUUAUAAGUCACUGUGUUCGGUGGUCUCUUCACCUGUGUGGUCUUUCUGUACGUGACUGUGCAGGGUAAACCCCAAUUACACCACAUGUUGUUUAAGGGUCAAGUGACACUAUUGACUGUGCACACACAAGAAAUGUAGAGAGAGUCUUAGCUCCUUGAAAUCAAAUAUUACUGGUAUGUAAUUUCAAAUUAAAGAUAAAGGGAAAGGCAGGUAAGAGAAAAAAAACUGAAAUUAAAUUGCAUCCUGAUAACCUUUUAUAAGUUUCACUGGACUUCCAAUUGGUUCAAAUGUUUCAAAGGUUAAUUUCAGAAGUGCUCAAACUUCAAAUGGCAAAACACUGUACAAUCAUCGCAGGACAUUUAGUGCUAUAUUUUGCUAGCAUUAUUACAGAAUGUUCUUAAACUGUUUUAUAUAAAUGUAUGUAUAUACUAAGUAGCCAUGUUGUAUGCAUUCUCGGACUGAAGCAAGUAUUUUAUAAAGCUGCAUUUAUUGUGUACACUUGUCAUUCCAUAUCAGGAUAUUUAUGUAAAACUGUUUGUUGGUUUUUUAUUAUUGUUAUUAUUUAGGCCAAGACAAAAGACAACAGCGUAUAGAAAAUGUUCUUUGUAUUCAGCAAAACAUGUUUGAAGUGCAAGUCACCGGUUGAUUCCGUCUCAUCAUUGCAUCGUGACUGUGCACACAUGAAUCAGUUUUUUGUUUUUUCCAAUGUCAGUGCUGGCAGACAUGAGUGGCCCAGUGGGCAUCCCGCGUGAACGUCAACCAAUGGAAAGAGACUAAACUUACAGUGUGCCCAGAGAAUUUCAUGAAAUACCACUGGCCCUAAUCAUUGCAUCAUCAUCAUCAUCAUGUUCAAUCUCUGCAAAACACGCAACACACGCUUGUUGUACAGUGCAGUAACUAUUGUGCACACUAGUAAACAUUUGUACGUCUUAGCUUUCUCUCAUAAUCGUUUAGACUUUUUUGCUUCAGUUUUUUUAUUCUUCUAAAUCAAUCCAGGUUAUCAGGGGAUCUAAGUCAAAAGUAAGCCUUUAGCCAUUAAUUGACUGGUAAAAUAUCACAUCUUAUUUUUCUAAUAUACAUAUUUUGAUGAUAACAUUUUACUUACACUUUUUUUUAAACAUGCGCACAUACUGUCUUUUUUUUGUUUUGUAAGUUUUUUUUCUAUAUUUUUACUUUUAAAUUUUGUAAAGAUUAGUAGUACUGUGUUGGUGUGUUGUAGUUUUGAGUUCAUGUAUUUAUAGUAAAUAUUUAUAUUUUAUAGCAUUAAAAUUUACGAAAAGAAAUUUUUCUCACUAGUGGUUUGUAUUGUACGUUCAUUGAAAAUUAAAUUUAGAAUUUUUAGUCACUUUAGUUUUGUAUAGUUGUUGGAAAUGAUUGUGAUGAGCUUAAAAAAUUUGUGUCGGGAGUGCAGACCUUAUCAUUACCGUGACUCAUAGGCAGUUACAUUUUUGAAAUGGGGUUGCUACUCUUAAGGAAAAAUGGGAAACCUACCUAGCUUUUCUAAGGAUCAUCAGGUAAUUUUUAUGGCAUAAAAAAUAAGUGGUUGUUAAAAUGACUACUGAUAUUGUGAAUAGCAACGGCAUUAGGUUUUGGUAACUUUAUUUUAGGGGUUAUAAAAAUUUUCUGUUUGCAUAGAAAUGUGCCUAUAUACUAUGGUAAUAUAGAACAUCUCACACUUAUUUUGCAGUAUAAAGUAAUUGGCACAGUUUCCAGAUUGAUGUUGCCUGAUGACAUAGAGUAUAUAAGCUUUGCAAAUUAACUUAUGCAUAAAUAUGGCUUAUUUACAUUAUAAAUUUUAAUUUUUUCGGUUAUUGUAGACAGUGUAGUGUUAAGUGUUAAUAUUUAUAGUGUUACACAUUAACUGAUUCACCUCUAAAAAAUAACAUUUAAUCUCAAAUAAGAAUCGAAACUGUGAAAAUAUGUAUUAGUUAUUCUUUAAUUUUCAGUUAUAUUUUUGCAGAUCUCUCUAAUUGUGCUUAUAGUUAAAUGAAAAAGCAUUUUUGCUGCUGAAGCUUCCUUCGUUGCUUUAGGCCGGAUUUAUAAACUACGCAACAAACCAACCCAAGAAAAUCACUGCUGUUUACAAAACCAUGGAAGUUCGAAAGAUGUCACGAACCCUACAAACUGAUUUUGUAAAACAUUAAAAAACUAAUUUACUCUCCAGAUUUCUUAUUAUAAUUAAUUUUAACGUGGAAACAUAUUUAAUUUCUGAUAAUUUAUAUAUUUAACAGAUAAUAUAUUUAACAGUUCUUUUGUUUCAUGGUGCAAACAUUUAACUAGUAAAAUCAUUAUGUAUAUAAUGUAUGGAAAAAAAAAAUACACUAAAUAAAAAAUAAUAUAAGAGGUAAAUACUUAAUGUCAUCAUCACAUGAUGCUUUUUUGAAUUACAACCCGAAAAUGUUCAAUUCCUUUGGAAUUAUUUCGUACAGCAUACCAUGUUUCCAGAAAAAUUUCUAAAGUGAUUCCUGAGCCUAUUGAAUUAUGUAAUUUUUCUGUAUCUUUGCAUAAAUGUUUCUGAAACUUUUGUGCUCUAUGGGUUUAGGCUAUCUGGCAACAUAGCAAGCCGAAACAAGUACAACGCUAAUGGCAAAAAAAAAAAAAAAAUAGUAAAUGCCUAUUUUCCUGCACAUUGCAAAGUAAGAAGCUUUAUAAACAAUGAAAACUUAUGUUGUGUUGUAUAACAUAUGUAUGUGCAUGUGCAGUCACACAUAUUAACAGCAUAAGUUGCUGACGUAAAAAAUAAUGUAAGUUAUGGCAGUACCUCUUUGUAAGUCAUGCCAUGCUUAAUGAACACAUGUUAUUUUUGUAACUUUCAUGACCAGAUAUGUCAAAAUGCAUAUAACAAAUGUUUUAAGUUUGACAGAUGGGCAGUACAGUAUUCUUUGCAAAGAGCUUUUGUGGUAAGGACAUUUGAUCUACUAAAAUUAUAUAAGCCAUGAUGGCUUUUAUGACGUUUCAGAUGACAAUUUAAAGAUUUCAUUACAAUUAAGAGAUGUUAAAUCUGAGAAUGAUGUGAGUGGUGGUCAAACAAAAUCUCUUUUAAAUAACCAAAUUGAGUUAAAUAAUUCAUAUAGUCUUUUAAAAGAAAAAUUGUUUAAAAAUGUAUACUUCCCCCACCCCUCUCUGAUUGCCUUGCAAAGGUUACGGCAUUAAAAUCUGCUGAAGUAAAGUCAUUGCAUGGUUUUUUCUGUAUCAGAGAUAAUUAGUUCAUUAUAAGUAAAUUUAAUACAAGUUGCCAGUUUUUCCCCCCAGUGUUGCAGUGUUAUCGGAACAGGAAAUGUCUUGCAAUAUGGCUAUUUUGCCAGAUGUGCGUUAGGGAUCUGCGAGUACUUGAAAAGUAUUCUGUAUUCAUGAAUAAUUAUAUAUUUGAUUAAUUUUUAUUUUCAAUUUAUUUGUUUCCAACACCAUGUUGAACACAUUCACAAAAAAAAUUAUUGAAAAACCAGUUGUAACAUGUUUCAGGCUAAGAUGAUGUAUUGAAAAAUUUAUAUUUGUGCUGCAACAUUUUUCUCACAUUUUAUAUUAUUAAUAAUAUUCUAUUUUAUGUAUGUAACCAGAUUAAAAAAAAAAAAACUUUAAAACUUAAAUUUACUGGUUUAAAAAAAUACAUUGCCAGUUUGAUUUAAUUUUCUUUAUUUUACACCUUUUUUAUAAUGGUUACAUGUAUAUACUCUUUUUUUUAAAAUUUUACUAUAGUUUGGACUCCUGUGAAGUGUGAAAAAAAUUUUACUAUAUAUUAAAAUUUGAUUAGAAAAAUAAUUGAUAUUCGUGAAUAUUGUGAUAUUCAAUUCGAAAUUUGAUUUGAAUGAGAAAAACAGUAUUCGCAGAAGCCUAGUGUGUGCUAAUGUAAUGAGUAAAGAACUGAUGUAUAUAUCUGAAUUGUACGUAGUUACAACUUACAUGUCUGGCAGUUUGUGCCAAAUAUACAUGUAUAUAUUAUAUUUUAUUAUUGUUACAUUUAGCAUAGGAGGCUACAUAGAAGUAGUGUAUUGAGUUGUGAAAGAUAAAAUGUAGCAGCAACAUUUUGUUGGCUAGUGACUUUGUGAUGGCAAGUACUUAAACUACAGCAGCCCUACCAAAGGAGCAGGUCGUAUCAGGCAAUUGUUCAUGCGAUUAUGAUUCUGCCUGUUGAAGGUAAACGUAAAAAGUACAUUUGAUGUCAAGUGCUAGAUUGCCCAUAUUUUUAAACCUUAUUUAUUUAUGACAUGACUUUAAAAUAAGUUUUGGAGUGCCGAAAGUUCAAAAGCAUUAGUUGCAUGCAUUACAGUUUUGAUUUAAAUUUUGUCUUUUAAAUAUGGUUUUGGGCUUUUAUUGUUUGUGAAUAGGGAUAGCUGAUGCAGGUAAUGUAAAAGAAAGCUCGCAAAUUAAAAUAUUUCUAAAGUAAUCAUUUUAAAAUAUAGUUAUAUUUUUCUCAAUUUUUAAUCAUAUAUUACUUAAAUUUUCAGUAAAACUAUGUUUUUAAAUUUUUUUGUAAUAAUUUUCUAGAGUUAUACUCAGUUUAAUUGAAUUAUUUAGUUUAUUGAUAAGAUAAGCAUAGUGAAAAACCAAAAUGAUGUUCAAAAUCACUACUAUAAAAAAAACUUACAUCUAAAAUACUUUUAUUUAUUAAGUCAUUUAGUUGCAAGCCUUCAUCAUAAAGUCUGUAAUACUGUCAUUUUCUGAAACUUAAUGUCUUACUAGUUUUGGAAAACGUAGUAAUUGAGAUUUUGUGUGAAAGAAUUUGCAAUGGAUACCUUAAGCUAAAAAAUUUUAUGAAUAUGAUUAUAUUUUGUUAAAAUUUCACAGCAGUAAAAACAUGUUUUAUGUAUGUUGUUUUUCCUUAGAUACAACUUGAAUAAAACACACUCAUUCACAAUGGUACCUUUGUGCACCUUUCCAGAUUUAGUGAUUACUCAAAUGAUCACAUUCCUGCAUUGGUAGUUUGCCCAAUGCUAUUAAGAACAUGAAGUUAUUUUGUAUUAUGAAACACUCCAUUUGUGGGUCGUGCAUUAGUACCAAGUAAACUGGACAUAGCUCAUGCCAUGCAAUAUUACCUUACCUUGGUCUGUAUUAUAGUUCCAGCUGUUAUAGGUCAACCGCAUGAAGGUGAUACAUUCUCGAGGUUCUCAAUAAAGUCUUCUGAUAGGUUGUGCAGUUUUCUUUUCUGAAAUGACUUGUCCUUGUUUAUUUCAUGUCUGGAUUUUUUUUUUUAAGUUUUAUGUAUAUUAGGCUUGCUUGUGCAUUCACGCUGUGAUCUGUGGACUAGAUCAGUGGUGAACAACUAGUGCCCCAGUAUUUAAGCCCAUCCAACCACAACUACUGUACUGCUAAAUAAAUAAAAAUCAGAUAUGGUUUCUAAAUUAUUGGUCAUAGUUAAUGAGAUUGGUAGGUCACUAACAUUUGAUAUAUUGAUCUUUUGACCUUGUGAUGUCUUUUGUUGAUUUUACAUGUUUAAUUGAAGGCGGUGUAUUGUACAGUCUCAAACUGUUUUUGCAGGCAUUGCCAGCUAUGCAGUUGCAACUAGUCAGGUCGGUACUUGCUUUCGAGUUGCUGCUGCUGUUUUAUCUUUCACCGACUCACUUUCUGCCCCAGUUAGUUUGUUUCCAGAGUUUGUUGUCAAACGUUGUAGAAACUAGGCCGUAAUGUUAAGUUUCCAUGUGUUCAAGCCCCAAAUGGCUGUUGUUUCUUUGUGUUUGUAACCUUGAUCUAAUUGAAUGUUGAUAGACGUAACUUCUUUGGUUCUGUCAUGUAUUGACAGAUUCUCAUUAAAUUUAUUUCCAUUGCAGCAUUUGAAGGAUGCUUUGUAAUUUUUAUUUUGUAACAUUUUGUUUGCUAAAGAGUACCAUGGUUGCAUUUAAUGGCAAGAAGGGAUUAUUUAUGUGGUUUAAGUUAUUUCCUUCCUGACAGAUUAGUGUAGCCAGUAAUUUUGUUACAUAGUUUAAAAAAAAAAAAGAAUACCAAGUUGUAUAAAAACUGUACCACUCUCGAGUGCAAUUUUGUAAUUAUGUUUGUAUUAAAGAAGUAUUCAAGUGAA